AUGACUGCGGGCGAUAGAGUUUUUGGAAUCUUGGUUGGAAACAAAAUUGAUAUGAAUAAUAAAAGAGUUGUUUGUUACGAAGAAGCAAAAACCUUCGCUGAUCGUCAUAAAAUGAUUUAUAUAGAGAUUUCAGUAAAGACAGGGCAGGGAUGCAAAGUUCUUGAAAGAAUAGUAGCAAAUAAAAUAGUACAAUUAGUCACUUGAAGCGAGGGCAUCGCUUAA